UAUAUUACUGACAAGUUAUCUACCCAAUUACAAACGCGCGUUACACACCCCUUGUAAAAGAAGUCGCAUCAUUUUCCAGCUGAGCACCAGCCGAGAUCGUCCCGUUUCUCAGCCGAAGACUAACCUCUGUCGUCCCGUCCGGAAUUUAACAGUAAUGAUGGAUGGAAAUCUCCCCAAUAUAAAGAAAUGGAUAGUUUUGUAUCCCAUUUACAUAAACUCGAAGAAGACCAUAGCUGAAGGCAGGCGAAUCAGUACUACCAAGGCUUGCGAAAAUCCAACUUGUGUUGAGAUUGGUGAUUGCUGCAGCCAUCUUAAACUCCCUUUUGCCAUUGAGAUUGACAAGGCAUAUCCGCGGGAUUUUAUGCAAAUAGGAAGGGUGAGGGUAUUGCUGAAGAGGGAAGAUGGGACUUUGUACAAUCCAGCCAUUCCUACUAGAAAACAGCUAAUGCUCCAUAUUGCAGAGUUGGUGCCUAGGCAUCCAGGGAGGACAAAGAAGCAGGAGCCUGCCUCCACAUCUGGCGCUGGACCAUCCAAGUCUGGGAAGGGUGGGAGAAAGAAGAGAUAGGAGUGCAUCAGAUCAUCAUUUUUUUGUCAGCAUAGCAUAGGCUUUCUUGUAGCAGGCUUAAACUCUCAGUGAGCUCAAAUUUCACAGAUACCUUUGUAUUUUUCAAUCCUUUUCGGAAAUAUAGUUUGUGUUGACUUGAAACUUGGAAAAGAAAGAACUGUUUUUGUUGUUGUAACUUGCAUUGUGUUUUGAGGGUGCCUGCAGCCUGUCAACUGGCAAGAAUUAAACUGCUAAUUGAGAGAA